CGCACGUAAUAUACGGGAAAAGGCGUGCGAAAGGACUAAACACAAAAAGUCUCUGGAUUGAAUUGGUUUGGCUCUCUGCUCGAACGAUUCUCUCUGAUAACCCGAUUGUCAACUCCACAGCCCACAGACAGAGACAGAGUUCGUUGCCUUGCCUCCGUGUUGUUUUGUUCAUACCGCGUGAAAAGCUUUCAUCAUCAAUUCAUCAUCAUAAAGAGGUGUCGUGUGAGCACACGCAAUCUCCCAAUCUCUCUUCUCUCUCUCUCUCUCCAAUCUCCAUAUCUUUGUCCUCUAUAAUCCGGAGAAGUAGCUCUACCAUCGAAAUCUCCCAACUUGCUUCCUUGUGAGUUUCUCUCUCACUUCAUAAAUUAUGGUUUUUGCUUCAGUAGAACGUAGAAAUUUGGUAUUUUGAUUGUUGGGUUUCAAUGAUUUAGGGUAAAGAUUCAUUGGGUUUUCUCCAUUUCUAGCUUUAGUGAUUAUGAUCAUGAUUUCAUAUCAUCCUCUCUCUCGGUUUUUGUUCAUCAAUGUCUUCUGGUUCUUGAGAUAACCUCCUAAGCUUUUUGGUUUAAUGAUUCCUCUUUUCUAUCUUCUAUGAUCACCUGCAUUUCUCUUGUUUUGGUUAGAUGUUAAUCUCCUUAGUGUGAUUUAUUAACUUGGUACUAUUGAUUUUGAUAUCAGCUAGGAAGCUUUUUGCUUUUUGUUUUCGUCUUUGCGCGUGUCCCAUUCUCUUCUCCAAAGUUCCCUAUAAUAGUGAAAGCUCAUCAAGUUAUUUAGCUCUCAGUUUCUGAAAGAUGGAGGUCAAGUUAUGGAAUGAUAAGCGUGAGAGAGAAAUGUAUGAGAAUUUCGCAGAGCUUUAUGCUAUCAUCAAAGCUACUGAGAAGCUCGAGAAGGCUUAUAUUCGUGAUCUAAUCUCUCCAUCUGAAUACGAAACCGAGUGCCAGAAACUCAUUGUUCACUUCAAGACAUUAUCUGCAUCUCUCAAAGAUAUGGUCCCAAACAUUGAGAGAUUUGCAGAGACGUACAAGAUGGAUUGCUCAGCUGCAGUUUAUCGCCUUGUGACUUCUGGUGUUCCAGCUACUGUGGAGCAUAGAGCUGCUGCUUCGGCUUCUACAUCAAGCUCUGCUUCUGUUGUUGCUGAGUGUGUUCAGAACUUCAUCACUUCCAUGGAUUCUUUGAAACUCAACAUGGUUGCUGUUGAUCAGGUGUAUCCGUUGUUGUCUGAUCUCUCGGCUUCUCUUAACAAACUAAGUAUAUUGCCACCAGAUUUCGAGGGGAAGAUUAAGAUGAAGGAAUGGCUUUUGAGGCUGUCAAAGAUGGGAGCUUCAGAUGAACUCACUGAGCAGCAGGCUCGGCAACUUCACUUUGAUCUUGAGUCAUCCUAUAACUCGUUCAUGGCUGCUUUGCCUAAUGCUGGUAAUUAACCGAUGUGCCACUAGAGACUGAUGUGUGUUCGGUUUAUUUUGUUUAGUUUGGCUUUAUGUAGUUAUAAUGAUGGCUUUAGGAACAAAGAUUUUUGUUUCAUGACAAUUUGCUACAUAUAUUUUGGGGAUGAAUGUUCGUAGACAAAACAAGCUUUUCCUUUUGUUGUGUAAAAGAUGAUGCCAAUCCAGAAAUUGUUUUUUUCAUGAAGUGUAAUGUAUGAAUCUAACUCUUUUGUGCUGAUUAUUGGCUUUAUAUCGUUACAUGGGUGGCUUUAUAUGUGGUUAUGGAACAUUCCUCUCCUUUAGUCUUUUCAAAACAAAUGUAAAGACUCUAUAUCAACUAUAAAACGUUAAGAGAGAUUAAAAUUGCC